UAUUGACUUAAACACUAACUAACCAAACACGCAGGAGCGGGGUUUAAGCUUGAUUGAGUGAGUGAGUUGGGAAUCCAGAAAGGACGUGAGAAAGCGUGCAUCACACUGUAAUGAAGCAAUCGGAAACGACGUCGUUGGUGGCGGAGCGUGGGAAGUGGGGAUACACAUGGCCUCUGUGGACGACGCUGUUGCUCCACCUCCUCGCCGUCUUCCUUUUCACCGCCGGCUUCCUCCUCACGCGAACCGAGCUUCCUCACCGCAGCCACUGCUCCGACGUCUCCCACUCCCCCUGCCUCUCCUCCAACAACGGAUCUUGCUGGACCAAACCCGCCGCUAACCGCCUCGUCCUCGUCGUUCUCGAUGCUCUCAGGUUUGAUUUCGUCGCUCCCAGCACCUUCUUCGCAGAAUCGAAACCGUGGAUGGAUAGACUGCAAGUGUUGAAGAACGUGGCAUCUGCGCGGCCUUUGUCUGCUAGGAUCUUCAAAGCCAUUGCGGAUCCGCCUACUACAAGUUUGCAGCGCCUGAAGGGCUUGACAACUGGUGGACUUCCAACUUUUGUGGAUGUUGGUAAUAGCUUUGGCGCGCCGGCAAUUGUGGAAGAUAACUUCAUAAAUCAGUUGGUUCUAAACGGGAAGAAAGUUGUUAUGAUGGGGGAUGAUACGUGGACACAGUUAUUUCCUCAUCAUUUUGAAAGAUCAUAUCCAUACCCUUCUUUUAAUGUCAAAGAUCUUCAUACGGUUGACAAUGGAUGCAUUGACCACCUAUUACCGUCCCUAUAUGAAGAAGAUUGGGAUGUUCUUAUUGCACAUUUUCUUGGAGUGGAUCAUGCUGGACAUAUAUUUGGUGUUGACUCUGCCCCAAUGAUAGAAAAGUUGGAGCAAUACAAUACCAUUUUAGAGAGAGUUAUCGAAGUUCUGGAAAAUCAGUCUGGACCUGGGAAAUCACAUGAAAAUACUUUGCUUGUGGUCAUGGGUGACCAUGGACAAACUCUAAAUGGUGAUCAUGGCGGUGGGAGUGCUGAAGAGGUGGAAACUGCCAUUUUUGCCAUGAGUUUUAAGAAGCCUAUUUCUUCUGUGCCCCCAGAAUUUGAUUCGUGUUCUUGUCAACUGGAUCUGGAUGGGAAGAAUGUUUGUGUGAGCUCCAUGCAACAGCUUGACUUUGCAGUAACAGUGUCAGCAUUGCUUGGCAUACCUUUCCCUUACGGAAGCAUUGGUCACAUCAAUCCUGAAUUAUACGCAUUAGGAGCAGAUAGCUGGAAUUUGGAUGCCUCUCAAAAGCUGUCAGAAUCAGAUAUCUGGAUGCAAAAUUAUGCUAACGCACUAUGUAUAAAUUCUUGGCAGGUUAAGAGAUAUGUAGAUGCUUACUCAGCUUCAUCAGCUGUUGGAUUUUCCAAUGAUGACUUAUCCCGAAUAGCAAGUGUUUAUGCUCAAGCAGAGAAUCACUGGUCACAUUCCACCAAAAAGCUUCUGCUUGAUAUACAAAAUGACAGUGAUACAUUAGUGCCUGCACUUAAGAGGCAAAUUGAUGCAUAUUUCAAGUUUCUAACAACAGUCUCUGAGUUAGCUCGGUCUAAAUGGACUGAAUUUGAUUUGAAGAUGAUGGGAACUGGCAUUGGAAUCAUGUUAAUAUCACUUAUAUUUCAAUUUUUAACCAUUUUAAGGGCAAACAAGCAGCAUGGUGAAACAUUGUCAUCAUCUGGAAAUUCUUGGGUUAUCACUGGCUCAGUUUUUACGUUCUUUUUACUGGGCAUUCGUGCAUGCAGUUUCCUUUCAAACAGUUAUAUUUUGGAGGAAGGGAAAGUAGCUAAUUUUCUCUUGAGCACAUCUGGAAUUGUGGCAUUACGCCAAUCAGUUAUCAAGGGGAAGGCGCUAAUAGAAAGCAUUGGGUUCCUUAUUUUGAGCACCUUUUGCCGAUUUGUAAUUGAGGUUGGGUUGUCUAAGCAGGCUGCCACAUCUGCUUUCAUGAAAGACUAUACCUCAUGGAUUGUUAACAUAGCCUCAGGUUUAGUUGUAUGGGACUAUGCAGCUGAAGUUGUACCAAUGUUAGCUCUGAUUCUGCUGGCAGCUUGGCUUUACAAUGUCACCAGUGGCAGCUUCUUUGAUUGGCCAUGGAAGUAUGUCAUACUGGGCACUAUCUUGAGUUACGUGCUAAUAAUUGUGCAUUGGAUCACAGACAGUAAUAAAUUUGGUGUAGCACUGAUGGCUGAAAGCAUUGGAAGAAAUUAUAUUCCUAGAAUCGUUUAUGCUAUUGCUUUGGGACAGUUGUUAUUGCUAGGAUUUGGCCAAUUAUUUAUGAAAAAUUGUUUAGAUUACAAGGCAAAUCUAGUUGCGAAAACAACAGCCAUGUUAUCGGCGUGGAGUUCAACUGUCAUUCUUCUUUCAGGAAAACAGGGUCCAAUGGUUGCUUUUGCAUCCAUAGUUGGAGGUGCUCUUUCUUUUUGUACUCUUUCGUUGUAUAAAAUUUCUAUAACUUGCUGCAUAAUUCUCCAAAUACAUUUCUGGCAUGGCUUUACUUAUGCUACUAAUAUUUGUGGAUUAGCAAUGAUAUUGACGUUUAGAAGUCAAUUUCAUGAGCACCAAACUUCAUGCUCUUUAGCGAAGAAAUAUGUUUUUUCCCAUUUUUUUCCAGGUUAUUUUAUUAUGAAGUUUGUUGACAUAGAAGGUGGUAAGCAAGGACCUCAUAGAAGUUUUUCUAUUUUGCAAUGGAGCCUCUCUGCUACAUGUCUCUUUUUCUGCAGCGGUCACUGGUGUGCAUUUGAUGGCCUCCGCUAUGGUGCUGCAUUUAUAGGGUUUGAAGAAUUUGUGCUUGUUCGUCAAGCAAUCCUCCUUGCAAUAGAUACCUUUGGUUUUUCUAUCAUCCUUCCAGUAUUUGGACUCCCAUUUCUUAUAGCAACCAAGUACGAGGCUAAUCUUGGAAAGCAUUUUCUUUUUACACAAUUAUCUCAAAUGUAUACAACGUAUGGGCUCAUAACAGCAAUCACAACAACUUUCACGAUAUUAUGCGUCACAAUUCAAAGGCGGCACCUGAUGGUUUGGGGUUUAUUUGCUCCAAAGUUUGUUUUCGACGUGUUCAAUCUUAUUCUUACAGAUGUCUUGAUUUGUUUGGCCUCAAUUUACUAUUUUGACCAAGGGAAGGAUGAUCCAGAGCUGAAACCAUCAGUUGCUGAAUAACAUCCAUAUACUAUGACUGAUUUACAAUUUUUUUUUCUUUUCGAGUUUUUCCCGAUUUGGGCUUUUAUUGUUAAACAUAGUGAAACUGUGAAAGCAUGUGGGGGCAUGCGGAUUUGUAGUCCUCCCCUCCCCCUGCUGCAGCGAAUUUUGUACACUAAUUUUGACAUAAUAUAAAUAUUUAUAAUUCCAAAUGA